AUGUGUAGCCUAUCGCUGUUACGUAAAAUCGGCCGUUCGCUGUUGAGAACGAGCUUAAACUCGCUACACCUGUUUUAUUGCAAGAAAAUUAUGUACAUACAUAAAAAUCUGUAAGAAUUGAAUUUGAGUUUUUUAAAAUAGGCUUUCGGAGGCAUAAUCUGCACAGAUGAAAAUAUAUGAAUGAAUCUGGCUCAGUCAGGGAGAGGGAGCAGCCGGGAGAGCAUUAGAGGAGAACCGCUUCCACUCUGGAGGCUUGACCUGAGGACCACGGUGAGAUCGAGACCCGCUAAAUGAACGGCACCCGCGGGCUGCUGCCACUGCCGGACCCCUCCCUCAACGACACGGGGGGAGCAGGCGACGCGGGCAACCGCAGCGCUCCAGGGCUGUGCGAGCAGGUCCUGAUCAAGCCCGAGGUCUUCCUCACCCUCGGCAUCAUCAGCCUGCUGGAGAACAUCCUGGUCAUCUUGGCGGUGGCCAAGAACAAAAACCUGCACUCGCCCAUGUACCUCUUCCUCUGCAGCCUGGCGGUGGCUGACAUGCUGGUGAGCGUAUCCAACUCGCUGGAGACGGUGGUCAUCGCCAUCCUCAACAACCGCUACCUGGUGGUGAGCGACCGCUUCAUCCAGCUCAUGGACAACGUCUUCGACUCCAUGAUCUGCAUCUCGCUGGUGGCGUCCAUCUGCAACCUGCUGGCCAUCGCCGUCGACCGCUACAUCACCAUCUUCUAUGCCCUGCGCUACCACAGCAUCGUCACCGUCCGCAAGGCCCAGCUGGCUAUCGGCGCCAUCUGGGCCGCCUGCGUGGUCUGCGGCAUCCUCUUCAUCGUCUACUCGGAGAGCAAGACGGUCAUCGUCUGCCUCAUCACCAUGUUCUUCACCAUGCUGGCGCUCAUGGCCACGCUCUACGUGCACAUGUUCCUGCUGGCGCGGCUGCACGUCAAGCGCAUCGCCGCUCUGCCCGCCCAGGGCGUGGUCCGCCAGCAGACCUGCAUGAAGGGCGCCGUCACCGUCACCAUCCUGCUGGGCGUCUUCGUCUGCUGCUGGGCGCCCUUCUUCCUCCACCUCAUCCUCAUCAUCGCCUGCCCUAAGGACCCUUACUGCAUCUGUUACAUGUCCCACUUCACCACCUACCUGGUGCUCAUCAUGUGCAACUCCGUCGUCGACCCCGUCAUCUACGCCUUCCGCAGUCUGGAGAUGCGUAAGACCUUCAAGGAGAUCGUCUGCUGCUUCGGCGCCAGCUGCGGGUUCCGCUGCAAGUACUGACAGGUCCCCGGGGGGACCCCCUGGGUCUAGCCGAGGGGCAACGGGAAGCAUUGCUUGACUUCUAGAAGGGUCCUUUUCCGUCUGCUAAUGUGUGCCUCUUUAUGCAGGGGUACCCUCAUGUUGUGGUUUGUAAUAGCUGCUGUGUAGUUGUGUAUUAAUUUGUUUAAAAAACCAAGCAUCAAAUCAAGUGAAGUGAAGUGGCUGCAUCUGAGCCCGCAGUUUUAAAAAAAAUGGCACUCGACAAUUGUCUGCUUGCAUGUCUGCUUUUUGCUCUGAUUGACUGGCACUUACCAGCACAGAACGGUCAGACAGGUUAUGUUUUAAUGAAAAUGAGACAGUGUUUGUACAAACAGUGGCUUUUAAAACACUUGUCUCUAGCUUAAUAGGUCUUGUGUACCAAAGGCAAUUAUACAAAAGCUACAUCCCCGCUCCCUGAAAGACAAGAAAUCCACCAUGUUACAGGAAUACCUAGCAAAUGCCUAGACCUGAGAUGCAUAGAUAUGUUUGCAGCGAUAUUUCUGUGGAGCCAAUGAAGCUACCAUAUCCUAACUUCCGAGUUAAUGGAAAGACAACUGAGAGACUAACCAGGCUGUGCAACACUGUGUGCAAAGAUAUUUCAAAAUAAUAAAUGAUGAAAGAGCACGCUGUGUGGUGUUUCCCAUCUGUUAUCAUCAUUAUAAGCUUUUCUUCAGACUGAUUGUUCACGUGCUUAAAUGUUAUUACUGCUAGUAUUAGCUGUAGGUGGAUAGAUCCCCACAAAAACAUUCUUGUCACUCUUACACAAGUACAGCAGUUACUAAAUGACAAUUAAAAAUAUGUUCCUAUUCUAUAGGCAAUCAUCAAAAGAAAAAAGACAUUUGCAUUAUCUAUAGCAUGUGUUUGCAUUUGAGUAUUUGUUGAUAAUGAUUUGAACAAGGGAAUCAAAGUUUAUGAUUAAAAAACAUUUGAAGCAAGGCUUUC